UAUCUUCUGCAUUCAGAAAACCUAUUCAAGGCUGAAAGGAUAGGCGUUCGAAGACAAAGGCGGUUUAUUCAUUAUAAUGAAAUUUGAACAGGUCUAACUUUUAAAAAAGUACACAAAAUGACUUCCAGUAUGUCUAGCGAUCAAAUACAUAAAAUGACUGAAAAUGUCUAUCGGGGUCUUAUUGAAGGAUUAUACCCUGAGUUGAGGGAACUUUUACAUUUUGGAAAAAUCUAUGAAAAAGCAUUACAAAAUGUUUCGGCCUCAGCUAAGGCCUACAUGGACUGCCUGAUGAAGGUUGGUGAAGUAGCUACCCAGACCAAAGCAGCACGACAAAUAGGUCAAGCUCUGCUCCAGUUAUCCGAAACGUUUAAACAAAUAGAUUCCCAACGUGAAAUAACGCUCCUAGCAUUUCGGAAAGAACUGCUGACACCAAUUGAAAAUCAUCUUGAACAAGAGACCAAAUCAACGAUCACCACUAAUAAAACAUACAUAGCAGAAAAUAAAACUAAAUCAGAGAUUGUUGAAAGAUGCAGAAGUGAAGCAAAGAAGUACCAGAAGAAAAGCCUAAAAAAUAGUGCAGGGAAGUACCAUGAAAAGGAACAAAAAAGCUCACAAGAACUACAAACGCAACAAAAAAUGCUCUUCGAGUUUAGGAUCAAAUCCCUUAAAGAGGCGUGGGGCGAAGAACGUCGUCAUUACUGCUUGAUAGGUGACCGAUGCUGCUCCUUGGUCAAGAACCACCUGGUGUACCAUAGCAAGGCUCAGAGCCUGUUUAAUCAUCGUCUUCCAUCAUGGCUUGACACCGUUGCUAAGCCUGAGAACCUUCCAGAGGAAUGUGACGACUUCUUUGCAUCUCAACCACGUCCAGUGUUGGGAGAACAUCUGGAAGGCGGGGGCCAAUUUACCCGGACUUUGCUGAUGGAGCAUCGUCAAAAUCUACACAAUGUCCAAAAUAAGGAUCGAGAGAGGUUAGCCAGUACCGGUGGUAGAGAUGCUGACAGUCAUAGUGUUGGUGAUGAUGGCAGCCCUAAGUCCACUACAGGCACAUCCACAUUCGUCUACGCCACCCUUCCCAAGAAGACGCUGGUCCAUUCAAGCAGUAUGCGACACUCCCUCAACCCAGUACCACCACCCAGCAUUUCCUCCAAUCAGACACUACCAAAACAACAGAUGAACCGUCAAGUGUCCGAGCCUGCAACACAACAGAGCUCUGCAGAGGAACCUAGGCCAACUCUAGUGCAGGCAAUCUAUGGGCAUACAGCUGCUUCACCGAAUCAGCUCAGCUUCGUGGAGGGCGACAUCAUCAGCUUAGUUGGACCGAGGAAAGAGAGCUGGCAUUUUGGCUACAACACACGAAGCAAGAAGAGUGGAUGGUUUCCCAUUACAUUCACUCACUUAGUGCAAGUUCAAAAUGGCACAGCUGAACGAUCUCGAAUGUCCACUAUGAGUGCUGAUGGUAUCGCCUCACUACAAGUAAACAUCCCCUCACCGGAUUAUGGUGGCUUUGACACCUCUAAGGUGCCGAGAGCAUCCUCAACGCCACAGACUUCCAACACCAACUUCCAGAAUGCAAACCUAGUCGGUAAUGGGCUACUCACCACUGGCUCUACAUACCAACAUCAAAAUCAAGUCCAAGCUUUAAAACAACAGAAACAUGUAACUGCAGGAUCUGAUCGGGAUAGUUUAGACAGUGGGCAGAGUGGCCACAGGGACUCGCCACCUCAUCCUAAACAAGGACCAUUCUCACCACCUGAUGAAGUAUUUGAGGAGCAACCACCAAGUAAUCCUUUUGGUCAUAUCGUCUUAAGAAAAACCAUCACGAACGACCGCUCGGCCCCAGCUAUAGUUAAGGACAUUUAUGACACACCGACUAUUGUCGUAAAUGAUUCACCACGGAGGUAUAAUCCUUUUACUGGUGUGCAGCUUCGUAGAACACAAACGAACGACCGCUCGGCACCACAAAUUCCCUCCGACUACGCACUACCAAAUAGUCCACGCUAAACUUCACUGUACUUCCACCCAGAUGUCAUCUGGGACGAAUAUGAUGAUCACCUGGAACACAACAAGAUUAGGUGCUCAGAUAUGCAAAUGUGAACAUAGAAUUCGGUCAUUUCAUCUAAGUUCAAACGAAAUUCAGUAAAUUACACUGGUGCUUGUGUUUAGUUUAGUGCCUUUUUUGAAAGUAAAAGAAGGUUUUACAUAUAAGAGAUGAAAUGUUUUGGAUUGCAAAUGCAUUCUAUGGUUUUAUGAAUUAUCUAAGGACCCUAUGUGAUAAAUUACCAUAGAGGUGGAAAAUGUUGCCAUGGAAAAUUAACAUGGCAUGUGUUACCAUGGAAAUUUAAUGUGAAGAAAUGCCUUUUUUAAGUAUGAAAAAUGAUAAUAUAAACAUGAAAAUUUAUCAUAUUUACUGUAGAGGUUCUUCUGGUUUUCAUAGCAUCUGUUUGAUUAAUAAUUGCAAUUGGGUUAGCAAUUUGUUACUAUGGAAGAAUUCUUCUUUUUGACCUUGUAGAAGUUACCAUGGUGAUAUGUCUAAUUUCCAUGGAGCUUUACAAUGUGCUUAUUGGUGGUGCUAUUUUCAACAAAUUGUCUGUAAAUAGAAAAAAAAAAUGCACUUUUUUAGCUGGAUUCUGUUUUGUAGAAACAGUUUAUGCCCAUAAAAAAGAGUCACAAAAAGCGUGCUAUAAAUGUGGGCCAAGUAUCUGAGUAAAGAAUAUGUUAAGAAAUAACAGUAUGCUAUUAGUUUUAUUAAUUGGUAUUUUAUGUUACUUUUCAUGAUCAUGUUAUACAAUUGAGUUAGUAACGAACAAGGAUCUUAGAAUUAUUGCCAGAAUUCAUUAAUGACCAAAUUUCAAAAAUUAAUUCCAAAUAUGUAACCAAAAGCAAGCCAAUGUUCAGAUAAUUCUAGACUAGUCUGUUGUUUUUCAGUGAUUAUGAACAAAAAAUUAAUAUUUUUUACAAGAUGUUUAAAAGUUGUCUACUACCAUAAUAAGUAUUUAUAAUGCCAAUUUUGUGUGCUAAAUUAAAACUACAUUUGUGUAAUCAUUAGAAACAAGGUACUAUCUGUCUUAACAUAUAGUAGUCUUUUAUUACUAACAAGUUAACAUGAACAAACAAAUGAGGUUUUUUUUUAUAACUCAUUUGACUUUUGCUAUUAGUUGUACUAUUAUUUUAGUAUCAUGAUUGUUAUGUUUAUCGCACAAUAUUUUGCCGACAGUCUAUGCCAUAUUCAUUGGGUGAACAUUAACUAGCACUAUCAAAUUCUUGUGUAGCAUGCCUCCUAUCAAUUUUUAAGUGGCUAAUAUUUGUAGUGUACCCAUAUAUGGGCAUGAUUGUAUGAAAUCACAUCCAUAUAUGGACAUGAUAAUGUCAAAUUGCACCCAUAUAUGAGCAAAUUACAGAUACUUGUCACAUUAAACUUUGUAUGGGCAGAACUUUACUAAUUACAUUUUUUUUUUGUCAAGAGAAUAUUUUUUAAUGAUAAAUAUUUAUACAUAUAAUCAACCUAUCCAUCUGAUAUUUUUUAAUUUUAUAGGUUUAAUGGUUUCUAUAAAUUAAAAAAGUCACUGGUCUUCUUACUAUACCUAUCCAUGUAAUAUUUUAUAAGAUUAAGAAAGAUAUUAAACGAUAUUUAAAUAAAAGUAAACUUUAGAAUAAUGAUAGAUCAUUUGGUGAUACCACUCCUACUAAUACAAUUCUACUAAUAAUAAUAAUGAAUGCUAUAAAUACAAAUUGUAUGCGCACACAUAUUUGGAAUAAAGAAGACUUGUAGGACUAUGCAAUGCACAUUUCUCUACUUGUAAUAGG